GCGAAACGUUCCACCUGCCGCGGCGCAGCGAGAGGAAAGUCCAGCCCGGGAAGGGGAAGGCGACAGCGAAGGCGCUCAGCCGCGAAGGAGCCGCGGCGGGCAGGCUGCCGCCGUCGGCGGUGCGAGAGCGGCUUGGAGCACACCAGCACGCUCGGAAGGGACCGGACGGGCUCUCUCGGGUCGGGGUUCCCUUGCAAACGGCGGCCGCCUUGCCAGCUGAGUGGAGGAAGAGCAAGAGCAUUCAUGGAGAUACACCAACCAGCUUGGGAAUGCCACCUGCCUUUAUAGAUAGCGGUUGCUAAAGAAAUCUCUUCCAGAAUGGGCCCCACAAGUGAACUACCUGGGAUGAUUCUCUUCCUGAUGUGCCUUUUUUCCCUCUUACCAGGCUUUCAUGGGAUCAGGGGGCAGGAAGAAGAUUUUGAAUUUUGCGCCACAAGAAACCAAACUAAGAAAAGUUUUGUCUAUUAUAAAAAGCAAGAAAAUUUCAUCAGUAUUGUCAACCAUGCCGACGGACUGCAUAUAAGCGCGCCAUUCCCUUCAGAAUCUGGAAAGUAUUCUCUGAAAGAUCUCAAUGGACGGUAUCGCUUCUGUGUUUAUGGGCACCAGAGAACUGGUCGUUUCAUGCUACGCUACGGGAACAUCAGCUACAACUUGAGUACAAAGGCCAACACUUUCCUCUGUUCUGCCAGUGUGAGUGCAGAACCCGGUCAAGGCGGCACCUCCGUUCUUCAUAAUGUCUCCUAUGCCUAUAACAAGGGAUCCCACAAGAAGUCCCUUCCAGACUUCUCCGCCUACAAUAUCACCUUCUUUGAUCAUAGACAUGCUGAUCAAAAAAGCUCUCUCCUAGUGUGUGAAGUGGAAAAAGAACUUGCAGAUGUAGCCGGUAUCCUGGAAAAUCCUAAACUUGGCAGGGGAAAGAAUUCGGAAAACUUUUAUCACUAUCUCAAACGUUUAGAUACAAAAUUGGGGGAAAUGGACUUCAUGGAGGAGAAUAAGACUUUAGGAAUGGGCUCAGUGCUGCGGGCAAGUGUCUGGAAGGUCCCACCCCACAAGACGUCCCAAAACCUGUCCAUCCAGUCUAGGCUAGAGGACAAAGAGAUCCAUGGGUUUGAGGUAACCCUGCCAAGUAUCCUCUUUGCAUCACCCAGGGGCCGUAAGGUAGCCCAGCCCAAGGUCGUGUUGAUGGAAAUCAGCAGCCAGACCCUCUUCCAGCCCGACCAGAAUUCCAGCUGGAUCCUUGGCCAAAAGGUGUUUGGCGUCUCCAUGGUAAACAGACCAGUCUCUGGUUUGCCCAAGGAGCAGCGAGUGGCUCUUACUUUCCGGCACAAUGAGCUUCCGAAAAAUGCAACCCCACAAUGCGUGUUCUGGGAUCCAAACUCCAAUGCUGGCCAAACCGGCUUCUGGAAUGCGUCUGGCUCCGAAGUGGAAGCAGGAGGGAAUCGCACGACUUGCCUUUGGGACCAUCUCACUUUCUUUGCGGUGCUGAUGACGUCCUCCCCGGAUCUGGACUACAUUCACAAGGAAUACCUGACAGCGAUCACCUAUUUCGGCUGCGUCAUUUCAGCCCUCGCGUCGUUCUUUACAGUCUGCUUUUUCCUUUGCUCCAGGAAGAAGGAGAGACUCAAUAUUGUCCAUAUCCACAUGAAUCUCCUCUGGGCCAUCUUCCUCCUUGAUGUCAGCUUCCUCAUCGCCGUGCCCCUGUCCUCUACCAACCAUGACGUGGCUUGCAAAGCGGGCGCCAUGUUCCUGCACUUCGGCCUGCUCGCUUGCCUGACCUGGAUGGGCAUAGAGGGUUACAGCCUCUACCGGCUCGUGAUCGAGGUUUUCGAUUUCUCCACUGCGAACCUCCUCUUCAAGUUAUGCCUGGUUGGCUGGGGGCUUCCCAUAUUCCUUGUGACUGUGGUCUUUGUGGCUGAUCAAUCAACCUACGGACCCUACUCCAUUAAAGUGUAUGAGACCUCGGAGAAAUACACCAAUGCAACCAUCUGUUGGAUAACAAAGAGGCAUAUUAACAGCAUCCUGAAUUUGGGAUUUCUAAGCUUGGUGAUCCUCUUCAACAGCAUCAUGCUGGCUGCUAUGGUGCGAAAAAUCCUCAAACUCAAACACCGGGAUUACCACAGGUGGCAAUAUGCGGUGAUGCUCCUGGGGCUGAGUUGUGCGCUGGGCAUCCCCUGGGGCUUGGCCUUUUUCUCGUUCACGUUUGGAACCUUCCAACUUGCUGCGCUCUACCUCUUCACCAUCCUCAACUCCUUCCAAGGAUUCCUCAUCUUCCUUUGGUACUUGGCAAAGAGAGUGCAGGCUCGCCGGACUGCCUCAGAGCAGUUCAUCUCUACGAACAGCGCAAAGCUACAUUCCAGCAGCAGCGUUCUGUGACCUGGCGGGGGGGGGGGGGGUUGUUGAGUUCGAGGCUGUGCCCGUGACCCUCUGGAACGUCACAGAAGAGUCCUGUAUAUAUGUAUUAUUGCACCUAUGGGGCGGGGCAGGCACUUGCAUCCGGAAAUAAUAUAUUUGUGAGGUCUUGAUUUCUAAUGUAAAUAGGUGUCUCUUGGUUUUGUAAAUGGUGUGCGUGAAAGUUUCUAAAUACUUAAAAACCACUUAUUAA